AUGAAAUCCGCGCCCAAUUGCAAUAAGAAGUAUCUGGCAGUUUUGUUUCAGGAUGUGGACGAGUUGUUGAAGAAUGCUUCAAAUGCGAUGGAGUUUGAAGCAGUGCCGGCUGAAGCUGGGGAUAAUCUUGAAAAGAAACAGAUGAUACAAAUCCUACACUGUGUUUAUUAA